AUAAUUAUCAUCUUUUACUGCAGUUAUUCUUUAUAGUGUCAAUGAUUAUCAUGGUGUGAUUUACUUUACUUCAUAUUAAUUAGCUAUUACGAAUUAAAAGUAAAAAUUACUUGUGUGAAAUCUGUUCAAUAAAAAAAUCUGUAACAUGAAAUCAAAACUAGCAUUAUUAAUAAAUUGGCCUCCAAGUUCUUAUCAAGCCUGAUUAUAGCGCGAUGAGGUGUCCCUGAUAAAAGUUAAUCGCUGUAACCUAUAAUGCAGUACUUUUAUCAUAAUGUGUUUUAUUAUCAGCCAAAGAUUCGCCAUGCUAGUCAUUCAUGAAAGCGAAAAGUCAAAAUCAUGACGUCUCAAUUAACUUACGCGAGCCAUACCCGCUUUAAUACACUCAACCUGCCUCCGUUUUACAAAAACCAUCCUGAAAAAUGGUUUGAGCUGGCCGAGCAGUUUUUCUUCCACGUCGGAAUCCUUAGCGACGAGUUAAAAUUUCUGGUUGCCAUCAAGGCACUCGACGAGCCGACCGCGCUAUGGGUCUACGAGUUCACCAGCCCUACAAAGACGGACUACCAGAGGCUGAAAGUCGCCUUAAUUUCCAAAUUCAACACCCCCCGAGCGCCCAGCAACCUCUUCUUGGUGAGGCAAAAAAUUCAGCAACUGAUGCCCGACCCAAGCAACUUGAACAUUAAACCAUCGCAUCUCAUCAAAAGAAUGUUUAUCUAUUCCGAAGGCCAUUUGAGCGACGAGGAGCUGGUGCAGAUUUUGAAAAAAGACCUCCCCAGCGAAUAUUUUGCUGUUGUCGAGUAUUUGCAUACCAUUGACGACUUGACGCGAGAACUGGAUUUGCAUUAUACAGAGCUUGUACUGAACGCGGGAGAAUAGUAUUUCAAUUAUUUUAAUAAACUAUUUUACAAGUCUACAUCGGUGCAAGAACUAAUGUUUGAAGGUAGAAAAAUUGUUUUAGAUAAAAUUAAAAAAUGGUGGAAAAAUAGGAAUUCUCUAUACUGUUUUAAUUUUUAUUUAAUUAAUUUUAAAUAACAAAGAAAUAAUAAAUUUGAAUGAUUUAAUUAUUAUAUAAUUAUUGUGACUGAAAAACGAACGCAUCUCAUGUCUUAUGAAAAGAAUUUUGAUCCGAAGGUCAUUUGAGCGAGGAGAAGCUGGUGCGAUAAGCGAAUAUUUUUUGAUGUCGUCAAGGAGUCUCACACCAUUUGACGCCUGGAUGCGAGAACUGGAUUUGCAUAACACAGAGCUUGUACUGAACGCGGGAAAAUAGGAUUUCAAUAACAAGUCUACGUCGGUGCAGAUCUAACGUUUGAAGAAAACAAACUUGUUUUAAUUGAAGAAAAUAGUGGGUAAAUAAAAAUAUGCACACACGUAAAAUAGGAAUUAUCUGUAAAUGCUUAAAAUUUUUUUACUCUAAGUAAGAUAUUCAAUAACAAAGAAAUAAUAAUUUUGAAUGAAAAAUAUUAUUAUUUUGUGACUAAAACGAACGCAUCUCAUGAAAAGAAUGUUGAUCUAUUCUGAAGGUCAUUUAAGCGGGGCGAAGCUGGUGAAGUUUGUGAUAAGAGGCCUCCCCAGCGAAUAUUUUUUGAUGGCAUCAAGGCGUCUCCCGCCAUUGACGACUUGACAAGAGAACUGGAUUUGCAUUAUACAGAGCUUCUACUGAACGCGGGAAAAUAGGAGAGCAUUUAAUUAAUAACUUUUUUCAUAAUUCUACAUUGGUACAAAAUUUGCAACAUGAAAAAUAUCUUGUUUUAGAUUUAUAUUUAUAGCAAAUAAUAUCA